AUGGCUUUUGCCUGUGGCACAUGCUGGCGGACAUGGUCGACGCGGACGGCUCGCGAUCAGCAUGUGGCUGCCAAGUCCCAUCAGGUUCCCAAUUAUGAAUGCGAAAGCUGUGACCGCUACUUUAACAGCCAAAGAUCAGUCGAACAGCAUAUGGAUGCCCUUGGUCACUGGGCAGAUUCAGCCUCUGACGAACCCCAACACUAUUGUGAUUUCGACGCCUGCUCCGAGGUUUUCGAUAACGAAGAAGAUCUUAGACAACACGAAGUUGAGGAACAUUUCUAUUGUGAUCCUUGCGAUCGCGGAUUCCAAGAUCUGAACAGCAUUAACAUGCAUCGCAACGGCAAACAACAUCGGGGUAAGAACGCAUCUUGUCGUUUUUGCAACGCUUCAUGCGUGACGGCAGCCGGCGUUUUUCAACGUCUUGAACAGGGUGCAUAUCCGAAAGCGCCCCUGGACCGGAUGAAAGUCUACGAAGCGGUCCAGCGCAGUGAUCCAAAUAGCGUGCUGACCAAACGACUACUGGAGUGGUCUACAUCGACCAGUUUUGAGGCAACGUCGGAAUCCUGGAAUGCCGAUACCGAGACCUUCGAUUGUUUCCUCUGCGGGAGUGGGUUCGCACGUCUCGAUUCCUUGAAUCAGCACCUUCAAUCACCUAAACACCAGCAGAAACUCUACCACUGCCCGAAACAAAGUUGCCGUAAGGAAUUUGGUACAUUGGCAGCCGUUUGUAACCACUUGGAGAGCGGGAGUUGCAACUUGAUGAGCUUCGAGGCCGUCCAGGAGACUGCAAAGCGAAUAUUUGACCCUGGCCGAAUGAUCGCAUUUUAA